AAAUGUUAUCCGCAAGUAGAUAGAAAACACAUCGAAAUGUGUGACAACAUUGGCACAACAAGAAGUAGGCUAUGGUGAGAGGAGCCAAUCACACACUCAUGGCUGCAACCUUCUGUCCUUCACUCCCCCAACACUUUAAACCAACACCCAUCAUCAAGUUUCAUAAAUCUUCUUUCUCCUUCAAAGUAUUCUCUUCUCAAUCUUCCAAAGCAGAUGAAGUUCCUACACGUGUGGGCUUUCUUGGUCUUGGAAUUAUGGGUUCUCCAAUGGCACAAAAUCUCAUAAAAGCUGGAUGUGACGUGACCGUUUGGAAUAGGACCAAGAGCAAAUGUGAUCCUCUCAUCGAUCUUGGCGCAAAGUAUAAGCCAUCUCCUGCAGAAGUUGCAGCAUCUUGUGAUGUCACAUUUGCCAUGCUUGCUGAUCCUGAAAGUGCAAUGGUUGUUGCUUGUGGAGAAGACGGGGCCGCCAGUGGAAUGAGUCCCGGAAAAGGGUAUGUAGAUGUCUCAACCGUUGAUGGGCCCACAUCUAAGUUGAUAAAUGGACAGAUAACAGAAACCGGAGCACUAUUUUUGGAGGCUCCAGUUUCAGGGUCCAAAAAACCCGCAGAGGACGGGCAGCUAAUAUUCCUCACGGCAGGUGACAAAUCUUUAUACGAAAAAGUGGCUCCCUACUUGGACAUUAUGGGAAAGUCAAGAUUUUACCUGGGAGACGUUGGAAACGGAGCUGCAAUGAAACUUGUUGUAAACAUGAUCAUGGGAAGCAUGAUGACAUCUUUCGCUGAAGGACUGCUUCUUAGUGAGAAAGUCGGACUUGAUCCAAGUGUGGUUGUGGAGGUAAUCUCACAAGGUGCCAUUAGUGCACCAAUGUUCUCACUGAAAGGCCCUGCAAUGGUGCAAUCCAAAUACCCUACUGCUUUUCCGUUGAAGCAUCAGCAAAAGGAUAUGAGGCUUGCUUUGGGUCUAGCUGAAUCGGUUUCUCAGUCGACGCCUAUCGCAGCUGCUGCAAAUGAGCUUUACAAGGUGGCCAAGUCUCAUGGUCUAAGUGACAGCGACUUUUCAGCAGUUAUCGAAGCUCUUAAAGUCAAACUAAAAGAUUAAAGAUUAUGGCAUAACUUAAUUUUUUCUCGGCUUAGCAAUCAUCAUCCGGCUCAUGGACCGGUAUGCCAUGAUCCUGUAUUAUUUUUAAUUAUUUUUUUAUUGAACCAACAAGAUACUAUGAUGAUUAUAUCCGAUCCAAACGUUGUUGUCGUGUUGUCAUCGGCAUCUCAUUUACGGGUUUGGUUCCA